GGAGGGAAAGGGCAAAAAGAAGCGAACUCGGGUGGAAAGAAGGGAAAGAAACCCGGGAGAGUGAGGAAGCCGGGCAGAGAUGCAGUUCCAGGGGUUCCUGGGCUGCCUGCUGCUGGCCCUGUGCCUGGGCAGCAGGGAAGCCAGACCCCUGCCAAGUGGCAGGGAGAGCGUCGAAGCAGGCAUCGGGGAGACCGUGGGACGUGGCAUCAGAGAAGCCGUUAACCAUGCCGCUGGGGAGGCCGCUGGCAAAGGGGUGGAAGAGGCAGUCAACUCUGGACCUAGGGAUGCCGUGGGCUCCGAGACGGGAGAUGCCAUUGGCCACAGGGUCGGGGAGACCAUCUACCGAGGGCCUGAGGAAGCAGCCCAUGCAGUUGGGAACGCCAUGGAUGAGGCUGGCAGGCAGGCCGAGAGCAUCAUCCACCAUGGAAUAGAUACUGCCCACGGCUCCUGGCAGGGGAGGCCCGGCAGCAACGGUGCUUGGGGGCCCAAUGGCCAUCCUCCGUCGGGAGCCCAUGGCAUCUUUGGCUCUCAGGAUGGCUUUAGAGGCCACAGCCAAGGCAACCCUGGAGGUCCCGGGGACAAGAGACCCCCUCGUGGCUCAGACGGCAGCUUUGGAACCGACUCUCAGGGAGGCCCCUGGGGCCAAGGAGGCUACAGAGGGUCACACAACUUGGGGACCAACGCUCAGGGGCCCAUGGCCCAGCCCGGUUAUGAGUCAGUGAGACGUGGCAACCAGAAUGUAGAGUGCACCAACCCCCCACCCUCUGGCUCCGGUGGAAGCUCUAGCAACUCUGGUGGUGGCAGUGGUGGCAGCAACGGCUGCAGUGGUGGCAGCAAUGGUGGCAGUGGUGGCAGCAAUGGCAGCAGUGGUGGCAGCAGCAAUGGCAGCAGUGGUGGCAGCAGCAAUGGCGGCAGUGGUGGCAGCAAUGGCAGCAGUGGUGGCAGCAAUGGCAGCUCAGGGAGCAACUGGGGAUCCAACACUGGCUUUUCCUCAGGCAGCAGAGGUGGAAACGGCGGUGGAAAUAAACCCGAGAACUCUCAGACAUCCCCUGGGCUCUUCAACUUCAACAGUUUGUGGAGGAAUUUAAAAUCCAAGCUGCCUUUCAUUAACUGGGAUGCCAUAGACAAGAGCCAAGUCCCACCCCCCAGCACUCGAGCCCUCCUCUACUUCAGCCGCCUCUGGGAGGAUUUCAAACACAACACUCCUUUCUUGAAUUGGAAAGCCAUUAUUGAGGGUGCAGAGGCCUCAUCGCCACAGAAGCGGGCAGCUGGUGCUGGCCAGUUAUCUCAGUCUGGCCACGGAUGGCAAGAGGGGGCGGCUGUAACUUCUAAGAACUACAAUCACAACCAGCAGGCAAAUCCUACCGCCUAUGACAGGCAGUCCUCAGUCAAGACCCCUGCUAAGGGAGGAGCCACGAUUUCUUCCUCGGCUUCCCGGGUGCAACCUGGCCUGCUGCAAUGGGCGAAGUUCUGGUAGAAGAUAACAUCCAAUCACUACUGAGGCCCUGGAAAACAUCAGUCGUCAAGGAGCCCGACUACGCUGCCCCCCGACUCGUCCAGCUCUCCCACCCUGUGCCAGCCCCAGCCUGGGUGCUGACACCUCCUUUUUCUAGUCGGGGACCUGGUUUGUCUGCUGCUUGUUUCUUCCCCAUCCCAGUGUGGGGUCUCCUUUACCACCAGGCUCAUCAGAUAAACUGGCCACUUUCUUCACUUACUCCAUUUUUUGUGAUCUGAAGUCUUUGUGGCUGUUGCUUGGGAGGAACUUCCUACUUUUGAGUUUCUUUGUAAAAAUAAAACUGAAUCUU